UUUUUUUUCCUUCAGGUUUUACUGUCUCUACAUGUAAUAACCCGAGGCCCCCCUCUUGGCCUUCUUCGUUGUCACGAUCAUCAAAAACCAUAAACGAAAAUAAAGAGAGAAAGGGAUCGAGAGGUAUAACAAUGGAGAAUCAAGGGGAGGAGAUGAAAGAAGAAGAGGUGUCGGACGAAGAGCAGGAGGAAUGGGAUGGUGUGACCAGCUUGAUGCCUGAAAGGGUGGCUGCAGCCAAGCAGUUCAUUGAAAGCCACUAUAAAGCCCAUAUGAAACAUAUCCAAGAUCGCGAAGAAAGGCGUUUGAUUUUGAAAAUGCAGUUGGCAUCUUCAGAUGUUCCACAAGAGGAGCAAAUAUUUCUGCUAAAGGAGUUGAAGCGCAAAGAAUCAUACUAUAUGCGGCUUAAAAUGCACAAGAUUUGUGUUGAUGAUUUUCAUCUUUUAACCAUUAUCGGAAGAGGAGCAUUUGGAGAGGUUAGAACUACAAACAGUUUUCAUAGCGUUCAUAGAAUAUCCUUUCUGUCUUUGUCCCUCUUUUACUGCAAGAACCAUCAAGUUGAACAUGUGAGAGCUGAGAGGAAUUUGAUUGCGGAAGUUGCCAGUCACUUCAUUGUGAAACUCUAUUAUUCAUUUCAAGAUGCUGAGUAUCUAUAUCUAAUCAUGGAGUAUCUGCCUGGUGGUGACAUGAUGACUUUGCUAAUGAGAGAAGACACUCUAACUGAGACAGUGGCUAGAUUUUACAUUGCACAAAGUGUUCUUGCCAUUGAAUCUAUUCAUAAGCAUAAUUACAUUCACAGAGACCUCAAACCUGAUAAUCUUCUGUUGGACAAAAAUGGUCAUUUGAAGCUGUCGGAUUUUGGUCUUUGCAAUCCUCUAGACUGUAGAAAUUUAUCGUCUAUAAAUGAAACUGAAACUCUUGAUGACGAGAAUUUAAAUGAAUCAAUGGAUUUUGAUUCUGGUAAAGGAAGGCGCUGGAAAAAUCCCCUAGAACAAUUGCAGCACUGGCAGCUUAAUAGAAGGAAAUUGGCAUUUUCAACGGUUGGAACCCCAGAUUAUAUUGCCCCUGAAGUACUGCUGAAGAAAGGAUAUGGCAUGGAGUGCGACUGGUGGUCACUUGGUGCUAUCAUGUAUGAAAUGCUUGUUGGUUAUCCUCCAUUUUACUCCGAUGAUCCAGUGACGACAUGCAGAAAGAUUGUGCACUGGAAAAAUCAUUUGAAAUUUCCAGAAGAAACAAGGCUGACACCCGAAGCAAAGGAUUUGAUAUGUAAAUUGCUUUGUGAUGUUGACCAUAGGCUUGGUACCUUGGGAGCAGAUCAAAUUAUAGCCCAUCCUUGGUUCAAAGAUAAUGGGACAAACUCUAUGAAAUGGACGCGGCAUUUAAACCACAUGUUGAGGGAGAGCUUGAUUCUCAGAAUUUUAUGAAAUUUGAUGAGGUGGACAUUCCAAGAACAGGAUCUGGGCCAUUAAAGAAGGCA